AUGAUGGAGAAAGCUAUAAUCGCGGAUGCUAGGAAUCCGCUCCCGAAGUACUACAAGGCUAACAUAUUAAUCAGCCUCGGUGAUUAUCACAAAGAUUGUGCUCCUCAAGAGAGCAGUGUCCAUGGGUUGUUUGGAAGGUUAGACCACCCCUUAACCAUUCUUUUGCUCUACAAGCAUCAUAUCAUGCAAGAGAAGAUGGAAACAGCUCUUGAGGUUCUUCUUCGUUGGGAAAAGCAAAUGAAACCAGAAAUUCAAAGAGAUUGA